GGGAAGAGGAUGGAGAAAUGUGAUAAGAGAUAAAUGAUGUGUAGGUAUGAACAUUUGUAUUAAAUGUGCAAUAUACUCACAACAUGAAAUAUGAGAUAAUAUCAAUAAAAUAUAUAUUUAAAAAAAAUACUAUGCAAUCAUGGGAGACCCAUCUUGGAAGCUAAGCAGGGUCAGCCCUGGAUGGCACUUGGAUGGGAGGCCGCCAAUGAAUCCCAGGUGCUUGUGGAGUUUAUUUGAAAGAAUCAUGGGUUUUUCUUGGUAGGAUUUGGGUGCGUCUGCACCAUAGAGCGCAUGCAGUUUGGUACCACUUUGACUGUUCUGCUUGUGGUCUACUAAGGCUUUUAAGUCUCGUACAACUAGACACAAUGACUUUACUCGACUCUAGACUUCUCUUGAUGUAGCCUAGAAUCGCAUUGGCCUUUUUAGCUGCCGCAUCACACCUUUGCUUCAUGUUUCGCUUGUGAUCCACUAAGUCUCGUAUUACUUGACACAAGUCUUAUCAUUCCAGGUGAGGCCUGAACGAAGUGGAAGAAAGAUUAUGACUUUACUCAACACUAGACUCCUCUUGAUGCAGCCUAGAAUCGCAUUGGCCUUUGUAGCUGCCGCAUCACACAUUUGCUUCAUAUUCCGCUUGUGAUCCACUAAUUUAUUUAUUUACAGCAUUUAUAUUCCGCCCUUCUCACCCCGAAGGGGACUCAGGGUGGAUCACAUUACACAUAUAGGCAAACAUUCAAUGCCUUUUAACAUAGAACAAAGACAGACAAACAUAGGCUCCGAGCGGGCCUCGAACUCAUGACCUCCUGGUCAGAGUGAUUCAUUGCAGUGAUUCAUUGCAACUGCUCUCCAGCCUGCGCCACAGCCCGAGCCCACUAAGUCUCGUAGAACUUGAUACAAGUCUUAUCAUUCCAGGUGAGGUCUGACAAAAGUGGGACUAUGACUUUACUCGACACAAGACUCCUCUUGAUGCAGCCUAGAAUCGCAUUGGCCUUUUUAUCUGCCGCGUCGCACCUUUGCUUCCUGUUCCACUUGUGGUCUACUAAGGCUCUUAAGUCUUGUACAACUGGACAUGAUGACUUUACUCAACACUAGACUCCUCUUGAUGCAGGCUAGAAUCGCAUUGGCCUUUUUAGCUGCCGCGUCGCACCUUUGCUUCCUGUUCCACUUGUGGUCUACUAAGGCCCUUAAGUCUUGUACAACUGGACAUGAUGACUUUACUCAACACUAGACUCCUCUUGAUGCAGGCUAGAAUCGCAUUGGCCUUUUUAGCUGCCGCGUCGCACCUUUGCUUCCUGUUCCACUUGUGGUCUACUAAGGCUCUUAAGUCUUGUACAACUGGACAUGAUGACUUUACUCAACACUAGACUCCUCUUGAUGCAGGCUAGAAUCGCAUUGGCCUUUUUAGCUGCCGCGUCGCACCUUUGCUUCCUGUUCCACUUGUGGUCUACUAAGGCUCUUAAGUCUUGUACAACUGGACAUGAUGACUUUACUCAACACUAGACUCCUCUUGAUGCAGGCUAGAAUCGCAUUGGCCUUUUUAGCUGCCGCGUCGCACCUUUGCUUCCUGUUCCACUUGUGGUCUACUAAGGCUCUUAAGUCUUGUACAACUGGACAUGAUGACUUUACUCAACACUAGACUCCUCUUGAUGCAGGCUAGAAUCGCAUUGGCCUUUUUAGCUGCUGCGUCGCACCUUUGCUUCCUGUUCCACUUGUGGUCUACUAAGGCUCUUAAGUCUUGUACAACUGGACAUGAUGACUUUACUCAACACUAGACUCCUCUUGAUGCAGGCUAGAAUCGCAUUGGCCUUUUUAGCUGCCGCGUCACACCUUUGCUUCCUGUUCCACUUGUGGUCUACUAAGGCCCUUAAGUCUUGUACAACUGGACAUGAUGACUUUACUCAACACUAGACUCCUCUUGAUGCAGGCUAGAAUCGCAUUGGCCUUUUUAGCUGCAGCGUCACACCGUUGCCUCAUGUUCCGCUUGUGGUCUAGACUGUAAAGGAAGAGCCUUCAUCCCUUCGAGCUGGCCUUGACGAGCCCACAACAUUGCGCAGAGGCUGGGAAAUGACCCAGAUGAACUUUUCCUCCCUUUCUCUUCGCCCUCCGGCUUUUCCCAGCCGCUCAGGCUCUGGGGCCGUCUCCAGCGUGCAAUCACGGGGCCUAACACAAUCCAGAUGGAGAGCCCGGUCCCUGGUGAGCUUAUCGGGAGUUGUUCUUGGCUGCGCGGCCAACACACCAGCGGCAGCAGCUGUGAGAGCAGGAAUGCGCAUCAGCGGUGGCGGGCGGCCUUUAUUUGGAAAGAGGCGGGCAGCAGCGGGGCCAGCUCCCCACACAUCUGGCUUGCAUUUGGAGAGCAUGGAGGGGCUGGGAUGCGCGGCCUCGCUUUAACCCUUCCUUCUUCGUUCACAUUGGGAAAGUCAGAACAGAGAGCCCUUUCCAAAGAUAUCGGGUGGACAGUGGCACAUUUCCUCAUCUCAGGAGCAUGCGCUGCGCAUCUCAGCACCACAAAGGUAGUUUGGAGAGCCACGCAGCCACCAUGCCAGACUCGCCGGCCGAUGUGAAGACGCCGACCCGGUCCACGCCACCCAAUAUGCCCCCGCCCUCGCCGGCGGCCACGCAAGGAGCCACGCGGCACCCCACCUUCACGCCAAACCCCAAUCGAGAUGCUGGGCUGCCGAUGUUUCUGCCCCGCGGCCGUUUUCAUGGUUGCUUGAAAUGGUCCAUGGUGUGUCUCUUAAUGAACGGGAGCAGCCACUCUCCCACGGCCAUCAAUGGGGCUCCCUCGACCCCCAACGGCUUCAGCAACGGGCCGGCCACCUCCUCCACCGCGUCCCUUUCCAACCACCAACUCCCUCCGGCUUGUGGUGCCCGGCAGCUCAGCAAACUCAAGCGCUUCCUCACCACGCUGCAGCAGUUCGGCAACGACAUCUCUCCCGAAAUCGGAGAGCGUGUCCGCACCUUGGUCCUCGGCCUUGUGAAUUCCACGCUGACCAUUGAGGAAUUCCACUCUAAACUCCAGGAAGCCACCAACUUCCCCUUACGACCCUUCGUCAUCCCGUUCUUGAAGGCCAACCUGCCCUUGCUGCAGCGUGAGCUCCUCCAUUGCGCGCGCAUGGCCAAGCAGACCCCUGCCCAAUACCUGGCGCAGCACGAGCAGCUCCUCCUGGAUGCCAACGCCUCGUCUCCCAUCGACUCCUCCGAAUUGCUGCUGGAGGUCAACGAAGGGGGCAAAAGGAGGACGCCGGACAGGACCAAAGAGAACGGGCUGGAGCGCGACCCCCUGCACCCGGAGCCCCUCAGCAAGCGCCCCUGCACCAUGAGCCCCGCCGCCCCGCGCUACAGCCCCAGCAACGGCCUGGGCCCCCAGCCCAACGGGAUCCCCCACCCCACCCCACCCCCUCCCCAGCACUACCGCCUGGAGGACAUGGCCGUCGCCCACCACUUCCGCGAUGCCUACCGUCACCCGGACCCCCGGGAGAUGCGGGAGCGGCACCGCCAAGUGGCUGUGCACAGCGCCCGGCAAGAAGAAGUCAUCGACCACCGGCUAACGGACCGGGAAUGGGCCGAGGAGUGGAAGCACCUCAACAACCUGCUGAACUGCAUCAUGGACAUGGUGGAGAAGACCCGCCGCUCGCUGACGGUGCUGCGCCGUUGCCAGGAGGCGGACCGGGAGGAGCUCAACCACUGGAUCCGCCGCUACAGCGACGCCGAGGACAUGAAGAAGGGGGGCAGCCCUGCCAGCCGCUCCCACAACAGCACGGCCAACACAGAGGCCCCUCCCAUAGAAGCUCAUCGUGAAUUCGUAUCCAGGCCUUUGUCGGGCUACAUGCCGGAGGAAAUCUGGCGGAAAGCUGAAGAAGCCGUGAACGAAGUGAAGCGCCAGGCCAUGUCCGAGCUCCAGAAGGCCGUCUCCGACGCCGAGCGGAAGGCCCACGAACUGAUCACGACGGAGCGGGCCAAGAUGGAGCGGGCUCUGGCCGAAGCCAAGCGCCAGGCCUCGGAGGACGCCUUGACGGUCAUCAACCAGCAGGAAGACUCCAGUGAGAGCUGUUGGAACUGCGGGCGCAAGGCCAGCGAGACCUGCAGCGGAUGCAACACCGCCCGCUACUGCGGAUCUUUCUGCCAGCACAAAGAUUGGGAGAAACACCACCACGUCUGUGGGCUCCAGGCGAGUGGGACUCCCGCGGCGACCACGGCUCAACCGGACACGGCGUCCGCGGGGGCUAACGUCGUCGGCACGGCGGCCGGCAGCCCCGGCGAUUCCAGCUCGGCUGCCGCGUCGCGUUCCGGCACUCCGGCCACUCCGGUCCCUCUGGACACGGCUUCUCGCUAAAGACGGGGGAUACAAAGCCGGGAAACUGACCAAGAACAGUCGCUGCUGCUGCUACCAAUUUGUCUCCAAAUGAUUAAAAAAAUAUUACAAAACUGCAUUCAAUGCAAACCCUCAGCUACCUGACACGUAUCUGACCUCCGAAACGACCUCUAUCUCUCACACGAAAUCCUCAUGACUUCUCAAACCUGGGCUUUAAAGCGGAGCGACGGCAACGACCCACCUGCUCCGUUCACUCGUUUUUAUUAUUUUUUGGAAUAAGGACCUUUGCGGAUGACGUUGGUGUUGCUGUGGACGAUCCGUCUUACCGAUACGAUUGGGAGAGUUUAUAAUUUGGUUUGGAUUAUUAUAUUUUCGGACGAGGAUUUUUUUUCUGCAGGUAUUACACCACGUUCCUGGAUUCAGGGGAUGGGGAAGGAUGCCGUCGAAAUUAAAUAGAUGACAUCCAUCCGUCCACGUUUCUACCGGAAAGGGUGCCGCCAAAAUCCAAUGGAUGAUUUCCAUCUGUCUGUGUUUCUAGCGGAAUUGUAUCCGAAACAAAGAAAAGGGGGAAAUAAACAAACACUUUCCCCUGAAAGGAGAAAAAGAGAAGAAGGCAGGGGAUUUUUUUUUCCAUUUCAGUUACAAAAACAAGAUUUUUUUGUAAAAAAUAAAAUAAAAAAUAAACCAUAAAAAAAAAACAUCAAACUCUUUGGCUUUAAAAGAAAAAAAACAAAAAUCCAAAAAGAGAACCCGACGAAACCAAGUGAAGGAAGCUUACCUGUAAACUACCUUGCUAGUUAGCCAAGAAGAUACCAGAUUCACCUCUGUUCCAAAGGAAAUCCAAAUAAUAAUAAUAAUAAUAAUAAUAAUAACCAGAAAAUAGAAAAUAUCCAAACUUUUUUUCCACUGCCAAAGUUUCUUUUUUCGUUCGUUCGUCGGUUCGGUUGCUUGGUCGGUCGGUUCCUUCUUUCUCCUCCUCAACUCGGGAGGGAAUGGUUGUUGUCGUUGUUGUUGCUGUUGUUGUUGUUUUUCUAAAAUCUAUAUAUAAAUAUAUAUAAAUAUA